AUGAUUUUCAUGGGAUUAAAUAGUGACUACAAUGCUAGAAUAAAUUUAAAACUAAAAUUUAUUGUAAAAUCAAUAAUAAAAGUAUUAACUAAGCAUUUAAUAUUAAUAAGUAUUUUAAAUCUAAUUAUAUCACUAUGUCAUAAUUACGCUAUAGAUAGAGACAGUAAUAACCAGCUAAAUAUUGUAGCACAUUUGUUAAGGGGAACAUUUGUUAGCUCUGUGCCAUCAUGCAUAACACUAUCAUUAUUGAUAUUUUUCAAGGAACACAGCUUAAACAAUUACAUGUACAAAGAAUGGAACUUCCUAAAUAUAAUAUGUGUAAUAUUAACCUUCUAUAGUAUAUUUUAUACGAAGACUGUUUUUUCCAAGGACUAUGGGAACAACAUAUAUGACGUCUUAUAUGUAGCAUCGAUAUCGUAUAUAUUGCAGAAGAGGUUUAACACAAAAAAAAUGGGUAUACAUGAUUUUCAACAUUGUAUUAACUCAGAGACAAAAAAUAUAAUUGAUCUAAUUCAAAAGGGGAUAAUUCUAAAUAUAAUACCACUUACCUUCUCAUAUGUAUUGAGCUUUGUUAUCGACAUUUCAUUAACAAUAAUGAAUAGCAUCAGUAUUAAUAUAAUUUUAAGUAUACUAACCCAUCCGUUUGAUGUCAUACUAAAUUUACCAAGCAUAUACAAUUUAUCAAACAUUUAUGUUCUUAGUAGUUUUUCAUAUUGUUUAUCUAUACUUUCAGCAAUAUGGAUAUCAGCUAUAUUAGAAUACCAUUUUAUAAUUUUCAAUUUCUUAUUUAACAAAUAUGACUAUAAAGUACUUACAUCAUUAAAUAAAUUCCCAAUGCACAAUCAAUGCUCUUAUCAUGAUGAAUUUUUUGUCGUUACUUGUAUAUAUAAUUACUUGAAAGAUGUAAGUUAUAGAAUAAAAGGGCACAACAUUGAAAUAACGAAUAUGGAUAAAAAAACGAAAUUAAAAUUGUUAUUGUUUAAAAAAUUAAUACUGAUAAAUGCAAGUUUGAAGUAUAAAGAUGAGAUAAAUAUAUUAAGUCAUAUAUGUAACCCAAUAAACACUAUUUUAUUUGAAGAUAAUAAGUUUUGGAAUAGCUAUAUCGACUCAUGCAUACUAUGCAUUGAAGAUCUAAUUUGCCAGUUGAAAAGAUAUAUAAAUAUUUUAAAUCACAACCAAACUGUUUAUUCUAUCGAAGAAAAGUUAGAAUUAAAAAAUAUUAUGGACAAACAUAGAAUAAAUAAAUUAAAGGAUACUAUUGUGUUAACUUGUAUAUAUUUAAAAGGAGUUUCAUUGUGGUCAAUUGCAAUAAUAAUCAUCUGUAAAAAUGUUAUAGUUUCAGUUAUUAGGAAGUUAUCAUCAAUUAUAGUUUCCUUAUCAUAUGUUUUAUUUGAUUUUUUAAACUUUAUCAAAAUAAACGAGUUAUAUGAUCCGUUGCACCACCUAUUAUAUGAAAUGAAUUCUAUUGUAGAUAUAUUUAAAUUUUAUAAAGAAGAUAUCUUGGAUAAUAAAUAUCAAUAUUCCUACAAUUUAUAUAAAGGCUUAUCGUAUCUCUUCAGAAAUAAAUCAUUAAAUUACUAA